CCUACCCGUGAUGAUUCCACCAUCUGCAACAACCCCUGUCAGCGAUGCUGCGCUCUUGCCGAGCGUGGCUUCUCAGGAAAUCUGGCGGUCACAAGUUCCAGGCUAUUCUGGAUCGGUCGCGCGGCACAUAAGUCAUCGGGCCAACAACUUCAAGAGACAUCCGAAAAGAAGAAAACACAUCCGCCCUUCGCCGCCGCCACCGCCGAAUACUCCGUGUCCUAUUGAUUUGAUUGACUUUGGGGAUCUCCAGCCUCAGAGGUCUUUCCUAGAACUCCUGUUUAAUGGAUGUGUUCUCUUUGGGCUGGAGUUCAGCUAUGCCAUGGAAACAGCCUACGUUACCCCUGUGCUGCUUCAGAUGGGCCUUCCGGACCAACUGUAUGGAAUGGUGUGGUUCAUCAGCCCUAUAUUAGGGUUCUUGUUACAGCCUUUGCUGGGGGCCUGGAGUGACAGAUGCACAUCAAGAUUUGGGAGGAGAAGACCUUUCAUUCUGGUCUUGGCAAUAGGAGCGUUGCUUGGGCUCUCGCUUAUGCUGAAUGGCAAAGAUAUAGGGAGCGCCUUGUCUGAUACUGCGAAUAACCACAAAUGGGGGAUCGUUCUUACGGUCUGUGGUGUUGUCCUCAUGGACUUCAGCGCAGAUUCAGCAGACAAUCCCAGUCAUGCCUACAUGAUGGAUGUCUGCAGCCCAGUGGAUCAAGACAGGGGCCUCAACAUCCACGCUUUGUUAGCAGGUCUUGGAGGUGGCUUUGGUUAUGUUGUUGGAGGAAUACACUGGGAUAAAACCAGUUUUGGAAAAGCCGUGGGAGGGCAACUUCGCGUCAUCUAUGUCUUCACCUCAGUUAUACUGACUGUCGCUACUGUGCUGACUCUAAUUAGCAUUCCAGAAAGACCCUUAAGGUCCUUUAGUGGGAAGAAAAAGGUGAUGAAGAGUCCAAGUCUUCCUCUCCCUCCUUCUCCACCUCUCUUCUUUGAGGAGGGCAUAAAUGAAGACUUUGCCUCUCAUAACUCAGCUCACUUUUACGCAAGUUUUACGAGUCCCAUGUCCCCCCUCAGCCCGCUCACGCCCAAAUACGGCAGCUUUGUCAGCAGAGACAAUUCCUUGACAGGAAUUAAUGAGUUUGCAUCAUCAUUUGGGACUUCAAAUAUUGACAGUGUGCUUAUAGACUGUUUUACAGGCGGGCACAAUAGUUACUUGGGACUUCCAGCUAGUUUGCCCAGGCAGCCUGUCAGCGUCAGCUUUCCCCAGGUGCCUGAUGGCCGUUAUCAAGGAGAAAACGGAGUUCCGGAGCAAGAGGAGAGCAGCGUUGUGCCAGGGCCUGAUGGCGAGAUGCUAAGGGUGGGCUCGCUGGAUGCGAUAAAGCCACGGUCGUCGGGGAUCCUGAAAAGACCUCAGACCUUGGCCAUUCCGGAUGUCGUAACAGGACAGUGUCCAGAAAAUAGCAGAAGAAGAAACGUAACCUUCAGCCAACAGGUUGCUAAUAUCUUGCUGAACGGCGUUAAGUAUGAGAGUGAGCUGAAUGGAUCAGGCGAGACUUCUGAGCAACCGCUCUCCGUGAAACUUCUUUGUUCGACCGUCUGCCAGAUGCCCAAGGCUCUUCGUAACCUCUGCAUCAACCACUUCUUAGGAUGGCUUUCGUUUGAGGGGAUGUUACUCUUCUAUACCGACUUCAUGGGAGAAGUAGUGUUUCAAGGGAAUCCGAAAGCGCCUCACAACUCAGAUGAGUAUCAGAAGUACAACGCUGGGGUCACCAUGGGCUGCUGGGGAAUGUGCAUCUAUGCAUUCAGUGCUGCUUUCUAUUCAGGGCUGGCCACGCUCUCCAGAAAUGUCUACGUGAUCCUGUCGCUGUGCGCUACCUACGGCAUCCUCUUUGCCACGCUCUGCACGCUGCCCUACUCUCUGCUCUGCGACUACUACCAGAGCCAUGAGUUCGUAGGCUCACAGGCGGAGGGCACGCGUCGUGGGAUGGGCGUUGACAUCUCCCUGCUGAGUUGCCAGUACUUCCUGGCACAGAUCCUCGUGGCCCUGGCCACGGGGCC